GGGAGUGACGAGUGAGUCACUCUCUCCAACCUCCCGUCCGUUUGUUUCCUUUCCCUUUCCUAUAUGGCCGGAGGAGCAAGAUUAGUUGGCAGACUCGGCCGCCACUCCACCUUCUUGCUCCUGCACCUGCCCCGUCACGCCGCCGCACACCACCACCGGCUCUACUCUCCUUCCUCCUCCUCAUCCUCCUCCCAAGGUCAUUACUCAAAAAUGGGUGAUUCAAGUGAGAAGAAUGGUCAUGGCACUCUAACCCGGGUGCUAUUUUGUGGUCCAUAUUGGCCAGCUUCUACUAACUACACCAAGGAGUAUUUGCAGGACUAUCCAUUCAUUCAGGUUGAUGAAGUAGGUCUUGAGCAGGUACCUGAUGUUAUUGACAACUAUCAUAUAUGUGUAGUAAAAAAUCGGCGUAUAGAUUCAGAUAUCAUUGCCAAGGCAACUCAGAUGAAGAUUAUAAUGCAGUAUGGUGUUGGGUUAGAAGGCGUUGAUGUAAAUGCUGCUACGGAACACAAAAUUAAAGUUGCACGGAUCCCUGGAAGUACGACAGGGAAUGCCGUCUCUUGCGCAGAAAUGGCAAUCUAUCUUGCACUAGGUGUUCUGCGUAAGCAAAAGGAGAUGGACACUGCUGUGAACCGGAAAGACCUUGGUAUUCCAGUUGGAGAUACAUUAUUUGGCAAAACAGUCCUUAUCCUUGGAUUUGGGGCCAUCGGCGUUGAACUUGCCAAGAGGCUAAGACCCUUUGGAGUAAAAAUUCUUGCUACCAAAAGAAACUGGUCAUCAGACACAAUGCCAUCUGACGUUGAUGAGCUAGUUGACAAGAAAGGUGGCCCAGAAGACAUGUAUGAAUUUGCUGGUGAAGCUAACAUUGUUAUAACAUGCAUGACCUUAACCAACGAAACAGUUGGAAUUGUGGAUCAUAAGUUCAUUUCAUCAAUGAAAAAGGGAUCAUAUCUGGUCAACAUUGCCAGGGGACGGUUGCUGGACUACAAGGCUGUGUUUGAUCACCUGGAAUCGGGCCAUUUAGCUGGUUUGGGGAUCGAUGUUGCUUGGAUGGAGCCAUUUGAUCCAGAGGAUCCUGUUCUGAAAUUCCCAAACGUUAUUAUAACACCGCAUGUGGCUGGUGUCACUGAAUAUUCGUACAGAACUAUGGCAAAGUCUGUUGGUGACACUGCCCUCCAGCUUCACUCAGGUCAGCCGUUCACGGAAGUAGAGUUUGUCAACUAAAAAAGGAAAAUUCUCAGGCAGCAGCCAUAACUGCUGUUACUAUCAUUAGUAGCGAAUAAUGGGUCCGGCGAUAUGUAACCAGAUGUUUGAUGGUGAUCUCCAUGAAAAUUGAAAACUCCGCCACUGGCUGGAUUGUAGUGUUAGCGAGUCAUUUUCUUGCAACAUUGCUUCAUCAGCUAAUAAUAAUGUGGUCCCCUGAAUCCCCUGAA